GUGAGGCUAAGCUGGUCAAAACAUGGCUACAGAUAGGGAAAUGAGGGGUGCAACACUGACUCGUCCUCCUCCACAUUUAGAAGGAAAUUUAGUUUUUCAUCGUGCAAGCAAGCUUGGAAGACGAAAACGAGCUUUCUUCGUGCUAUUGGAGACGGUAAUAUAUCAGUAUGAAAGUAGAGACAUUUACUAUAAGGGGCAACGAUCAAAAGAAGAUUUUAAAAUAUGUCUAGAAGAGGUAUGUGGCGUUACAGAAAUUUUGAUGUCCAGCAAACACUACAAGAACUGCAGCUUUAAGCUAACCCUUAAUGACAAAGAGUCUACAGAGUACGUCUUUUCUACUGAGUCUAGACAAGCAAUGGAAGAGUGGGUGAAUGGCUUAAGAGAAGCCAAAGAGUUUUGGAUACGGCACCGAAAGAGACAAAAAAUGAAGAAGCAUUUCAUUAAUCAAGGAAACUUUGCAGAUGUGCCUGUCCCAGUUUAUAAUGGGGAUGAAAGCUCAGCUGACAGCAUCCUCUGUGGUUCAAGUGAAUGCCAUGAGCCAGUAUAUGUAUCUGUCACCAUGUGGGAUACAAAAAUUCACACAGUUCUCCUUCCAUGUGUGUGUGAUAUGGAUGAAUUGGUAGAUACCCUACAUAUGAAGUCACAAACCAAACGGUGUGCUGGUUGCCACAUUUGUAAGCUUCAACAGUCAUCGAUGGAAGUAUGGACAGUAACAGCCAAUGGAAUUGGGCACAGAUUUGACAUCAAGGAUGGAACUUUAGACAUUUCCAAACUUGGAAACCACUUCUAUCUUUUAGUACACAAUUACAAGCUGCUGAUUAUUCACUUUGAAGAUGGCACAUUUCAAGUAAUUCCUUGUUUAGUUUCCAUAAAGGCAAAGGAGGUUCCUUGUAUUCCUGUUUUGGCCGACAAGCUAGAGUCCCUUUGUAUUGAUAACUUUGGUUUAUAUCUGGUUAAUGACGAUGGAACGUCAAAUCUUUUUACUCCCGAGGAGGAGCCACUCAAACAUUCUCUGCAAGGAAGGCUGAUUCUAAAAACCGCGACUGUUUCUUUACCUCUCCGGCCGCGGAUAUCAGAAAUUCAAAGACAAAAGCUAAGGAAGAACCAGCAAAACCGAAGGGAAAAAAAGGCGCUGAAAAGAGUCGAAAAGGAAAAGUGUAGGCACAACAGUAAUUUUAAUGUUGAUGUAAUUAAGACGGACAACAAUGAGGUUUCACGCCCCGAUGGUCUUGUGUUCUACGAACAUCAUUAUGGAGUGUCAAAUGAUGUCAUAAGACGUUCUGGAUCGGAUAGCUCUUUAGGUAUAUUAGUGGAUGCUGAGACAGACAGGCAAAGUGGCCCAAUGAAGCCCGGAGUAUCGACUGAGGCUCGAAGAAUGUCUCAAGAAACGGAAAAUGAUAUCAAUGAUGAUGCCGAGUUUCAACCGGUUGAAGAAACUUCUUUGGGCUUGUGUGUAAAAGGUGAAGAUGAAAUUACGGUAGAGGUUGCGGACAAUAUUAGUAAGAAACACAGUGACUCAAGUGGUUGGUCCAGAGAAGAAGAUGGAGAGAUCUUUGAUGGUGACAACGUUUCGCUGAACACCUCCUCUUUAGCCAUGCCCGAGUAUGCGCUCAAUGACAAAACAGAGGGACAGUUGUCGAACUUAUCUUCCAAAGAGAAUCGCUACGCUUCUUGUCAGAAGAAAAAAUGUGCAAUUAUCGAUUCUAACAGGGCAGAACUUUUUCCUGACGGCGAUAAAUCUUGUAGCGAGCCAAGAAAUCACGAAAGGAAGCCUUUAUCAGUCGACGGUGUGGAGGCCAUCGCCCACUUAAAGAUUGACAACGAAAGCCAGGUAAUAAACACAACCGCUGACAAUCCUACACUAAUUGCGAGCACCAAGAGUAAGUUUGAGAGACACGUGCUUUGUGUGACAGGCAGCGAUAACAGCUCUCCUUCUGUUCCAUGUGAGUCCCUGUAUCCUACAGAAGCAUUGGUAAAGGGGACAGAUAUUCAGGAUGGUUUUUCUGGAUUUUCAACAUUAAUUGACAAGGAAGGUGAAAACCAUUGUAUCUCUUGUGCUCGUAAUGAGCAGUGUGAUUUCACUAUCAUUAGCUCGCCACGUGUUCUACAACUGGCUCUGAAGAUUUGCUCUGGUCACAAAGUCAACGAGGAGGAAGUAGGCGAAGCCAACAAAUUCUCUAGAAUAUGUCUUUCUGGGUGGCACUUACAGUUUGAAAAUGGAUCUUGGGUUGUGGUUGAACGCGGAGCUCUGCGUUUAGACAAUGAUGCUCUUUCUUAUGAAACAAAAGUUUAUAUAUCAGACAGGCUUGAAGCUUUCUUUAAUCAAGAAAAUAAGCUCUGGACUUUGGUAGAAAAUGAGCACAUUGAGAACGAACUCUCCUCUUUCACAAAUGGGAUUCAGAAUGAAGUUGUGAGAGACACUUUAACUUUGGCGGCGGCCACAGAAGACUCGCCUAGUGAUCAGGAUGACAUUGCUGAAGAGCAAGUUGUUACGCCAAUACUUAGUCAAAGCAACUCUCUAGAGGAUAUUAAUGUCACGUUAUUAGAUUCUAAAGUUAACGAUGAUGGAACUGAAAACUUAACGAGUGUUGAAAGGCCGAGAGCAACUGGGGCGGAUGGCGUUGUUGGCAGGCCUGGGACAGAGUCUUCCUCCCAAGGGGCUCUUCGUGAAGCCACUCAGCGAGUUUUCCUACACAUUGUCGAGCUCCGUGAAGAGCCCGAAGAGGCACUUGAUAACACCAAACAUGAAAGUUUGGUCGAAAAUGUUUGCAGUCCUUUAUGUAGUGCCCUUUGGAACAUGUUAUCAAUCGGCGUGCGAAGAAAGUUCAUUGUGAAAUACACAUUGUGGAACAUAGUUGAGGAAUUGAAGGACAUUUCAGGCGUUAUAGAAUUGGCGGUCAACUGGGUAAAUAAAAGAUGCGCUCGUCUGAGUGACGAGCAAAAAUUUCAAGCGUUCGUCUGUGAAUGUCUCAACAUGGGACGUGAUACUUUGAAGCAAUGGCUGGAAGGAUUCAUCCGACAAAACAGGACUAGAAGUGAUGGAAAACUAGGAAACAAGUUCUACAGUGAAGGCGGUAUAGUCUUUCAGCUGUCUGGUAACACGCUUGAAGAGCUAGUGUUGGAUUUAUCACGGAUCACCUGUCUACCUUUCAAAAUUAAUGUGGAAAAGUGGAUCAAGACGAAGGAAUCUAGCCUUCAGGAGAUACCAUUUCCAUUUGAAUGACACUGUUUUUUCCGUGUAAUAUGGUUUGUUAUCAUCGAAUUGAAACCACGUAUAUUCUACAGUGCACAAAACGUUAACUACGAUAAUGCAUUUCAGCCGAUAUUAUAAAGUAGUUAUAAAUACGAAGAUGGGUUAACCCUAUAAAAACGGCAACAUUUAUAUCAUGAGUAUACAAUACAGCAUUCUUUGUUAAAUUUUUAUCAAUAUUUGUGAGUUCUUUCCUCCAAGUUUUUUUUUUUUUUUUUUGCAGUUUUUCGGUGUCAGUUUAUGUACUGCAAUCAUUGAAAUAGAAGGUAACGAAAUAUUUCUCGUAUUGUGAACGAUAUGAGUAGUGCACUUGUAAGUAGUCUCCAUCCAAAAAAUAACUGUAAAUCGUAUAAAUGACUCAUCGUAAAUAUGAUUGUUAGUAGUGUAAAUAAUUGCAGUGAAAGUGCCGUAUUGCAAGAGGAGUGUGCAAUCAAGAGGUGUUGGUGGUGUUACGCUGAUAGAUUGUCAUUAUAAAUUACGUAUAGUCUA